CAGCGGCACCACAGCGAAGCUCCACGCGUCCCCGCCGCCACACUCAUCCGCGGGGGUGCUGGAGGAGGGGCGCUCCGAUACAAAGUGGACUUGAGGAGAGGGGAUGCUUCCUGUUUUCACUUUCACAGCCCACUAAAACCAGAGAAGAGGUAGCAAUCCAGGACGCAUAGUGACUUCUUUCUGCGUGUUUUUCUUUUUUCCUUUUUUUUUUUUUUUUGCGCACCUGGCUGCACGAACGAGCGGAGCAUCCGAAUUUGGAGCCGUCUAGCCGCCGCUACUUGUCCCGUACUAACCUGAGCCUGCAAAAGCCUCCAAAGGGGGGGAUGUGGAGAGGCUUUCUGACCUCCGCUGCAUCCCGGCUGGUCCCCCUGAGCUCCUGGCGGGAAGGGUAACCGCCGCGUCCUGGUGAGGAUGCCGAGCAGAUACUGGAUCUGCGUGUGCGCAUAAAGAAGCAUCCGGGUGCUCAACUCCACCUCUGGCAGUCAUGAGGAAUAGAGGGCUCGGCAGACAAGAGCAGGCAGGGAUAAACGAGAUGGAAAGUCAGGGAGCGAGCUGCGUUCGACAGGUCAGCGGAAGAACCGGGCUGAAGACGCAGUCCUGAAGAUUGAUGGAGGGCCAUGCUAUUCAAACAGCAGGCAUUGCUGAGACAGAAGCUCUUCGUUCUGGGCAGCCUCGCUAUCGGAAGUGUCCUUUAUCUCGUAGCCAGGGUUGGGACCUUGGAUAGGCUUCAGCCUAUUUGCCCCAUUGAAAGGAGACUGACCCCCCCUGAGCCAGAGCAAAUCCCUCUCCGCACCCUGCAGUUUAAGCGUGGCCUGCUCCAUGAAUUGCGUAAGGGCAAUGCCACCAAAGAGCAAAUCCGCCUGCACAACCUGGUCCAGCAGCUGCCUCGGGCCAUCAUCAUCGGGGUGCGCAAAGGGGGCACCCGGGCCCUGCUGGAGAUGCUCAACCUGCAUCCAGCGGUGGUCAAAGCCUCACAGGAGAUCCACUUCUUUGACAAUGACCAAAACUACGCCCGGGGCAUCGACUGGUACAGAGGGAAAAUGCCCUUCUCCUUCCCUCAUCAGAUCACCAUUGAGAAGAGCCCCGCCUACUUCAUCACAGAGGAGGUCCCUGAACGCAUCUUCAAGAUGAACUCCUCCAUCAAGCUGCUGAUCAUCGUCCGGGAGCCGACAACCAGAGCCGUGUCCGACUACACGCAAGUUCUGGAGGGCAAGGAGCGCAAGAACAAGACCUACCACAAGUUUGAGAAGCUGGCCAUCGACGCCAACACCUGUGAGGUGAACACAAAGUACAAAGCUGUCCGGACCAGCAUCUACACCAAACAUUUGGAGCGCUGGCUGAAGUACUUUCCCGUGGAGCAGUUCCACAUCGUGGACGGGGACCGCCUUAUCACGGACCCGCUGCCCGAGCUGCAGCUCGUCGAGCGCUUCCUCAACCUUCCCUCAAGGAUCAGCCAAUAUAACCUGUACUUCAACGCCACCAGGGGAUUCUACUGUCUGCGAUUUAACAUUGUCUUCAACAAGUGCCUGGCAGGCAGCAAGGGCCGCAUCCAUCCAGAGGUGGACCCGUCAGUGGUGACUAAACUGCAGAAGUUCUUUCACCCCUUCAAUCAGAAGUUUUACCAGAUCACUGGGAGAACAUUCAACUGGCCGUGAUGAGCUUUGAACUUCACUGAGAUUCCUUGGAUUGGUGUUUGUUUGUUUGUUUUUUUUAAAACACUUAAACGCUAUGAGAUCUCAUAAGAUAUUAAUAGCACUUUGACUGAAUUUAAUACAAGAACGACAGUGUGACCAAAUAUAAAGAGGAACUUGAUGUACGUUUGUUUUUAUGUGUGUUAUUACUAAAAGAUUCAGUUCAAAGCACUUGAUCUUGCCAAUUCAUUCACCUGUCUGUCAAUGUUCCCCAUGAAGAAAAGAACCAGUACUGAACUGUGAUUAACUAAAGAGAUUAUUUUUGUUGCUUUUUAAAGGGACUAUCAAACACUGACAUCCAUGCUGUUAAGAUAAGCUUUAAGUGUGAUGCUUUUUUUCAUGAUGAAACCCCAUAAAAGACGACAAAAUGACAGCUCAUAAACAACAAGAUUGUUCAUUUGUUCCCCGUCAUGUUGUUUAUUUGACCAAAACUUGCAUGUGCAAUCAAGAUGCCAUUAUACAGUAACAUUAUAGGAUCUUGUCUUCUGUUCAUAUUGUUUUUCACCGCAUUUUCCUCCUAAUUCAUGCUGUGAUGAAUCCAUUAGAGGGUGACCUCGAAUUCUCACCCAAGAUAUUAUCAUUACCCAGAAAAAAGGAUCAUCAGAAUGAGUCUGAUUUUAAAUCCUUCAAAGCGUUUCAGACUUGAGCUCGUGUUUGAUUGUAAGUACGUUGUUUCUUCCCCUACAGAUUUUUCAUUGGUUUGCGAAAUACCUGGCAAAAAAAGCCAUAUUGAAAAAAAAUAUAAAGUUGUCGUCUGAUGAUUCUUGUCAAACCAACUGCUUAUUCUAAGAUGAUUAACGAAAUAUGUCUGUUUCUGUGCAAAUAUUCAUUCUGUAUCAUGUGUGUUGUUAAAAAAAAGGUUAAAUUAAAAGAACAUGUAAACAUUGU